AGAAAAGUGAUUGGCAUGUGAUUGAGACUGGAGUUGUUAACGAUCAGUGGCGCAGAGAACUGGGUUUACUUUUAAUGUAUGGGCUUUUAUUUUUAUUUAAAGUGUUAUAAAUAGUGACUUUAAAAAGCUGUAAUUAGCACGAUCGAUAAAAAAUAUUAAAAUCAUGAUGAUGUGACGUGUUUUCUUAAAUCUGGAGAAUAAGAUUUAAAGGCCAGUGCAUCUCUACACAACAUUAUACAUUUAACCUUUUAUAACUGCCAGUAGUAUUUACACAUUGUCACUUAACUUAAAGGAGUAAGGUUAUUUAUUUACUACACAAUAACUACAUAAUUACACAUUAUGAGUGAAGUAAUAAUAAUAAUAAUGCUUUAGCCAUCCAAGAAAAACAAAUUCAGCUUGCAGCAGCUUACUGAAUGAUGAGCAAUAUAUCAAUAUAUGCUGACUUUACUCUGUUUACCUGUGUAUGCCCUGCAGCCACUGAUUAGGUGGUAGUUAAUCAGUGAAUUGAUUUCAAGCAAACAGAACAUUGUCCCAGCUUCGUAGUUUGAGGAUUUGCUGCUUUCGUUUCUCUUCUUUGAUAGUUAAUCAGGAAACCUACCGUUUAACUGACUGAUGAUUUAAACCUCUAAACAUUAAUCAAAAAUGAAAAUAAUACUUUUUCUCAUGUCCUUUUUACGUAGAGAGUCUUGCUGCCAAUAUACUUUGACUUCAGGUUGCUUUGGUUUGGUUCAAACCCCCAGAAGAUUAAAUUUAUUAUCAUACAAGACCAACAGAAGCAUUUUGUUGUGACCAUGGAUCCGACCUGCAGUGCUUCUGCGGCUCCAGCUGGUUUGACUGUGCAGGUGUGUUUCCCCGGUGCCCGCGCUGCAGUUUUGGACAAUCUGAACCGGCAGCGGGAAGAGGGCCGGCUGUGUGACCUCUCUAUCCAGGUGCAAGGUCAGGUGUUCAGGGCCCACCGCUGCGUGCUCGCCGCGUCCUCGCCUUACUUUCAUGACCAGGUGUUACUGAAGAAUGUGACAACCGUCUCCCUGCCGUCAGUUAUGGACCCGGUGGCCUUUGAGAGCGUCCUGAGCUCUGCCUACACAGGCCAGCUCAGCAUCGUGCACGAUGACAUCGUUAACUACGUCACUGUGGCCAGUUUCCUCCAGAUGUGGCACAUCGUGGACAAAUGCACCGAGAUCCUGAAGAGGCCCCGGCCCUCGGCAGAAGUGACCCCUGGAGAGGCGGCUGUAGCUCACCCGGGCACUGCAUCUCGCCAGCAGUCCCCAAGCAGCACAGACUGCCUGUAUCUGGAGAGGGAGGGACGACGGAAGGAGAGAAAGCCUGAUGCCUUGCCUCCGUUAGCCACGUGGAGACGCCCGCAGCAGUUCCCGAGAUGGGGGCGCCCGCGGCCCUCAUCAGCCCAGCACUUAGCAGACUCUCAACUGGACACCCUCCCUGGCUAUGCGGAUGGUGAUUACACCAGCUGUGAGGAGGCAUGGGUAUCGAACCAUGCCAAAACUAGCCACUUUGCUCAUGAUGGACCCGGACACAAUACCCGGCACCACGGGGGGUUCCCCGGUGGUGAAGCAUUGAAGCAGAAAGGCAGGUUUCAACAGCGGGGAGCGCCGCCGAGCGCUGAUAGACUGCUUGAUAAGAAUAGAGAGAGCGGGGACAGUGAUGAGACACGAGAGAAGAGGAAGAAUGAGAAAAGAGAGAUUGAGGCUGAUGAGGGAGUGGGAGAAGAGGCGGAGGAGAAGAAGGAAGCCUUUGCACAAAUGGGACACUGUGACUUCCACCCAGUUUCAAAUGAGAGUGUAGGUGCCGGACAAGCCACGGGGAAGGUGAGUGUGGAGGAGAUGAAGGACAAAGUGCAGAGAAACGUGGUGGGGAGUGAUCCCUCCUCAGGCCUGCCCAGUGUUCAUGCUUGCCAAACCAGUGAUGGCGUUCCAGGACCGUCCUGUCCAGUUUCAGCCCGGCUGCAGUGGCAGACGGGUCCCUGGUCUCAGCAGGAGCAGAGGCCGCAGGAAGGAGAGGCUGGCAGCUGCAGUAAAGACGAGGACGAAGAUGAGGAGGAGGAUGUGGACUUUGAAUGUUUCACAGAAGGGACCUUUAGCAGAGACACAUACGAUGAGAUUGAAGAGGGCACAGGACAGGUUUCCCAGAGGCCUUUAGUGCCUGUAUCUCCCGAUUUCACCAUGGCGGGCUCGGAGGUGAACUGGCCCUCCACCAGCGUGGGACAGGGUGGCUCACUGACCCCCACCUCAAAUCACCAUUUGUCUCCAUCCUCCGCUGCCUUUCCGCCGCCCUCUUCACCCCCGACCCCAUCUUCGUCAUCCUCAGUGUCCCUCGCUGGCGCCCCCUACACGGGCAAAGUCCACUUCUGCCACUGCGGCAAAGCCUACACCCUGAAGAGCAUGCGCGACCGCCACGUGAAGAUGCAGCACCUCAAUCUAAGGCCCUUCGGCUGUCCCGUUUGCACAAAGUCCUUCAAGAUGAAGCACCACCUAACCAAGCACCUUAAGACUCACGGAGGGCUGCGGCCUUAUGAGUGCGGCCUGUGUGGGAAGAAAGUCAUUUGGAGAGACAGCUUCCUCAGGCAUCAGGCUCGGUGUGAGAGACUUGCCUCCACCUCCUCGGCUAACAGCAACAACGCAAGCACACCGGCGGCGGACGUGGAUGACAGCUACAGUUAUGGAUUUGAAGACGGCGAGGCUUUUCUUGCGACGGGAGGUCAGGUGAAAGUGGAGGAGGUGGAUUUUCACGGGGAGAUGGAGGACGGGAUGCGUGGCCUGUUGGGCGGCGUGUCUGGGAUUGUGGAUCAGCUAAGAACUCAGUCACAAAGUUUGGACACCGGUAAUCACGUUUUCAAAGAGGAGGCGAGUGAGAGCUUUAGCGGAAAUUAAAUGUGAAACAGGUUUACAGCACUUAAACUGUAUGUAAAUAAAUACAUACAAGAAUAAAAAAUGAAUUACAUGAUGACUUUAAAAGUCUAUGGAGUCAAAUAAUUGAAGGCUUCUAUGAGCAGCCGCUUUUGUUUCAUCCUUUUUAUGUGCAUUAUUUUCCUGUUAUAGGUAUUAUGAAAAGAAAAAGGAACAAUUUUUUUUGUGCAGUGCCAUUUGCUCAGUUCUUGUAUAGUGAUGCUGUGAACUGUACAUUUGUAAAAGGCAGUGUUGUGAAUGUACUUCUCGAGCCCCACUGAAGUUAAUAUUGCACAUAAAUUAUUUGCCAUUGAUCUGCAUUAGAAAAUAAAUGCAACAUUUUUUUUUUCUGUGCCAUAUUGAUGUCUCUUCAGACUAUGUAAAAGAAAUAAAUCUUGGUAUAUAUGGUAAUAAAAACCGCUUUGAGUUUU